AUGCAGUGGAAGUCACUCCUUUUGUUCGUUGCUAUUGCCGACUCGGGCCUUGCUCGCUUGCAUGGCCAUGAACGUCGGCACAAACACCAUCCCGCCCAUCUUGAGCUGGCAGGCCCAAAGGUGGGCCUAGAUGUGAGAGAUGUUAACGUUGGGGUCGUUGCUGAUCUAGACGUUAUGACCGUUGUCGACCUGGAGAUCAUUACCGUCACCACGACUCUAACCGGGGAAGGCGGUGCUCCUAUCCCAACCUCCGCCGGUACUACGACCGUUACGGCAGCACCAGCCGAAAUCACCGCCGCUGAUACACGCAAAGACGUGGUCGAUCUUGACCUCAAUGCCAGCCUUGGUGUCUCCGUCGACGUGUCUUCCCUCCUUCCCAGUGCCGAGAGCACCGCAGCAGCCACCGCUACUGCAGCAGGCGGAUCUGCCAGCUGGACAUCGAUUCCCUCCAGUGGGGAAUUUUCCACCACAGGAUUCGGAAAGCGCACCAGCUCCAGCGGCAGCGGAAUCGAGUAUAGGGGUAACAUCGGCAGCCCAUGGGGCAGCAACAUCCUCGAAGUCAGCCCCAGCAACGCAUACCAAUACAAAUACGUAGUCCAGUUCUCCGGCAGCAACACUGAGGACUGGACCGUCGUUAUCUGGAACAAGGUCGGCCCCGACGGCAAGUUGGACGGUUGGUACGGUAAUUCGGCCCUGAAGUUCACCUUGGGCGCCGGCGAAACGAAAUAUGUCGCCUUUGACGAGAACUCACAGGGCGCUUGGGGUGCGGCAAAGGGUUCUUCACUCCCCACUGAUGAUUACGGUGGAUACUCGUGCACUUGGGGAGAGUUCGAUUUCGGAAAUACGAGCAACAAGGGCUGGUCCGGAUGGGAUGUCUCCGCUAUUCAGGCACAGGCGGCUGGGCAGACGGUUCAGGGUAUGAAGAUUUGUAAUCACGACGGAGAGGCCUGCUCAACGAUUACUUCUGGUGCUGCCACUGUGACUAACGCUUAUACGAAGUCGGAGGCGACGGUAGAUGGCAUUGGCGGCGCACUCGAAUCGGGGGCGGUGCGCUUGAUAACCGUUGUGGAUUACAGCGGGUGA